AUGCCGAGUAUUACAUCAACACUAGGCAACGGACGAGCCCGUCAUUUCAGCAAGGCCGAAACACGGCGCCACAGGCGGAAGACUCAGGAGAGAAAGGGUAAGAAGUCUCGCCCAGGCUCUAAAGAACCCAUUCACUUGCACAAGUCUAGGAACAGACCGCAGAUGGCGGACCCGGCAGCCCCUGGAGACAUCUAUGCCCACGAGUUUGACGAUAGUAGACUCUUGAAAAAGCUGAUGCCGCAUGGGCAGGAGCGCCGGGGCUGCAAAAGCAGAGAUGUAGACCUUCGCAUCAAGCGUGACAACAAAGCUGUCUUCAGUGGAGUCUGCCAGCCCCUUGAAAGCGAGGCCAACGCUUACGGUGAGGACGAGGACUUUGAGUAG